AUGAGUUCGCAGAAGGUGUCAACUGGUCCGAGGAAGGGUCGUCCCAGCCCGAUUCCGCCUCAGUUGAGGGAUGAUCUCAGUCAAAGUAGUCUUCUGAGCAAAAGCUCUCUUGAAAGGAGCGAUUCAAUGUCGAGUAUCGCGUCCAUAGAGAUGGACAAGGACUCUAAGGGAGACGCCAAGAAGGUGAAAAAAGUGACGAAGAAAAAGAAGAGCACCAUAAAGGAUAGCAAGGAGAAUGGAAAAGCCGAAAAUGGCAAGGACAGCACCACGACCGUGAAGAAGAAAGUGAAGUCGACCACAGAGGUCAAGACAGAGCAGGUCGAAGAUGCCAGCUCGUUACGGUCGCGGCUCAAACCAUCUCCGAAGAAGGAACCAGCGAAGGAGGAGACCAAGCCCAAAGCCGACGAUGGCAAAGCCGAAGCAACGAUCACCCCACUGAAGAAGCUGCGGCCAGCCCCGGGCAAAAAUACCGGGGAUCCCAGCAAACCGGCUAAACCUCCUCCCAGCACAGCUGACGAUGUACGUUUUUUCUAUAAAGGUGCCAUUCGCCUUUUUUCAAUUUGCAAUGCAUUUUCAUAA